AUCAGUAGAUCGUGGCGCUUGGCGGAACCGCAUCGAGGCCCGCGGAGAUGGUGAUAAGACGUCUAGUGCUCUUUAUCUUAUCGAACGUGAAAAUUGAUUUGGACUCACGGGGCGAUCCGAGAUGACACAGCCAGUCAUGUAGAUCCCCCCGCCUUGGGAAGCAUACUUUCGUGCAGUUCCUGGGUCUGUCCCGGUGUCGAGUUUCCCGAGUUUUGGAUGUUUUUUUCGAAGUUGCGGAUCAGCUGGACCCAAAAUGGUUCUCGUACGAACGAAAUUAUGGUACUUCGUGUUCACCGGGUUCGCCAUAAACACGAUGCUAAAGAGCAGCAUAAAUUUUACGAUAAUUGCCAUGGUAAAAUCACACGGUCAUAAAAACAUCCCGCCAGAGAACGGCACGAUCCUUGAACCGCACAAUUCGACGGACUUCACUACCCAGGGUAUCACCCUUUCAAAAAUCAUCCACUUCAUCGACAAGGAAAUGUCGUACAACUGGGAUGCGAAGGAGCAGGGUGUCAUUCUGGGAUCCAUCUACUGGCUGCAAUGGACCACGGGGAUACCAUCGGGGAUUUUGGUGCGAUAUUGGGGCACCAAAGCUCUGUUUGGCCUGGGUAGUCUUAUACUCGCGUUUACCACGCUGGCUAUACCUACGGUUGCCCAGUACGGAGUCCAAGCUUUGGUCGGCCUCAGAGUAGCCCAGGGCCUCGUGGCGGGUACGAUGUGGCCUGCGGUGCAUCACAUGGCGGCUCAAUGGAUCCCUGCCAACGAGAGAAGUAAAUUCGUUUCCGCUUAUCUCGGUAACACAAUGGGCGUUGCGUUGACAUACCCGCUGUGCGGUCUCAUAAUAUCCUUUUUUCCUUGGCAAUACGUCUACUACGUGACAGGAUCUUUGGGAACACUAUGGUGCAUUUUGUGGCUAUGGUUCGUGUACGAUUCGCCGCUCCAGCAUCCGACCAUAACGAAAGAUGAGCGGAACCAUAUUUUGACCAGCACGGAUUUCUCCAUCGACAGAAAACGGCCGCCGAUUCCCUGGAGGGCUAUUCUGACGUCACGCCCUCUAUGGAUAAAUAUUUUGGCGCAAUGGGGCGGAAUGUGGGGUUUUUACACCCUCCUCACCCAGGCACCCUCGUACUUCAAGCAAGUGCACAGGCUCAAUAUACAACUAAAUGGAUUAUUUUCGGGCCUUCCGUACCUUUUUAAAACGGCGUUCGCCUAUGGUUAUGCAAUUUACACGGACAAACUGCUGAAGAGUCAAAGGAUAGGACGCACGGCUGUGAGAAAGCUGGCAACUUUCGUGUGUAUCACUCUGCAAGGGUUCUUACUUAUUGGCCUAGCGUUUUCAAGCACCAAUGUUUCGUGCGCUGUGUUUUUCCUGAUCGUCGCGACGAUGGUUCACGGUGCUGUAACAUCCGGACCAAUAACAAGCUACAUAGAUCUCAGUCCAAAUUUUGCAAGUAUCCUGCAAGGUAUUUCUGGCACCGUAAACGUAUGGCCAGGAUUUCUAUCUCCUAUGCUAGCUGGAUAUCUGACCUACAAUAAUCAAACACCUGAUCGAUGGCAGUUGGUGUUCAUCAUAUCCGGGGCGUCUAUGAUAGUUCCUGGUCUCAUCCACUUGGCAUUCGCCGAUUCGCGGCUGCAGCCGUGGAACGAGGGGAAUUCAGCCUACCAACUCAACAAAUACGAGCUGAAGCGGCUCAAAGUUUCAAAACGAGAGCGAUCGCAAAGUAGGCGAUAGCCGAUAUUGCCGUGCUGAAACAAAUCCACCACUUUUUGUUAAAGUUUAUGAAAUAGAUCGUGUCGCACGGACGUAUCAAACGGAUGAGAUUGUACCCAUAUCGAUUGGUUCAAAACAUAAACAUAGCCCUUAAGGUGAUUCGAUGGACGCCAUAUUUUGUGUCAGAACGGCAUGCGAUAUAUCGCAUCAAUUGGUUCCAUUUUUUCAGCUACUCGUCAUUU